AUGACGACAACUCGUGAACUUGGUCUAUUCCCUUUGACACGGCUCAAAAGACAACAAGAGGAGAAUCAUCUUCUUCAUCAACAUCCCCAUCAACCCCAGAAGAAGCAGAAGAUGAUGAUCAUGCCCAGCUUUGCACGACCUCCUAGCAAAGACGUCGUCUUUGCCGCCGGCGAUGAUGACGGUGAUUCAUGGGAGGUAAAGGCCUUCGCGGAUGACACCAAUAACAUUUUAGGGACCACCUGGCCGCCUAGGUUCUACGCCUGCAGUUUCUGCAGGCGUGAGUUCCGGUCGGCACAGGCGCUGGGUGGACACAUGAACGUUCAUCGCCGUGAACGCAUUCGAGCUCAGGCGCAGCAAAGGCACACGCCACCUCCGGUUAUAUUUACGGAAGUGGCGGCAGGUAGCGGCGGUAAAUUUUGCUUUGUCUGCCCCGUGGUGGCAGGGCCUCGGCAGGCCCGGCCAUCAACCAAGGACUCAUCAUCUUCUUCCACCUUCUUCUCUUUGUCAUCAUCUUCUCAUAAUAAUGUUGGCACAAUUAGCUUUGGUGCAACAGCAUCUGAUUUCUCUUUGGUCAAAACGAGCAGUGAUGAUCGCUGUAAUGAAGAUGAGAACGGAGAGGAGGAACUGAUAGUUGAAGAGGUGGAUUUGGAGCUUCGGCUUGGUUGGUGA